AUGGGAUACGACCGACACGAUGACCGGGAUCGAGAUCGAUCUUAUGAUCGACGAGAUCGCGACCGGGACCGAGGUGGAUACGACCACGACCGUGAUAAUCGCGGUGGUAGUCGCGACUACAAUCGACGAGAUCAUGGUGACAACCGCCGCAGCGGUGGUGGUCGAGGCGGACGUGGUGGCCGUGGCGGAAACGCAGGUCGCGGAAAGCGCCAAGACAAGGCUAAAGAGCGAGAAGAGCGCCUCCAGAACAUCAAGCGCGAAGCCUACCAUGGCGGUGACCAGAUCGAGCGUGCCAGAGCUGAUCUUGCUCGACAGUUCGACGCCCUCAACUUGAGGGCCGAUAUUGCCAAGUUUUCCAAAACUGAUGAGGACCGGAAACAACAUGAUAGAGCCAGAGAAGUCGCAAGAAAGACCCAAGAUGUCCCAGUGGCGAAGAUGAGAGGAGAGCUCAACCGCGGACGAGUGAUCCAGAUGAAGACCAACAACUACGCUCUCGACUUCAAGAGCAACGACGCUGUCUUCUACAUCUACGAAUUCAAAGCGAAAGUUGCUGCCUCCGCUAAGAAAGGCCCAAGCAAAGGGCCUGCUCCAGACGUGAAGAAAGAGAACAAGCGGAAAAUUGUCGGCGUCCUCUCUCAAAUUUUCGGGGUCAAGUUUGCUUUCGACGGAGACAAGAUGUUAAUUUCUCCACGAGAGCUUCGAAACUUCGGGGAAUUAGGGAAUCGCGAUGGAAGUGUCUACGAGAAUCGAGAUGUCGAGUUCCGCGUCACUUACUCAACUGGCCACAAGGAGGAAACUGCGGAAGGAACUCUCGAACGGAACAGGCACCGAGUCGAGAUGAAAGCCCUUUUCGACUUCAUGGAGAGUGGAGGACAACAUCCCCCCGAAGUAAUCCAGGCGAUCGAGAUCAUACUUCGAACGAACCCCGCUCUGCGAGCAGCUGCCAUCUCAAAGGGUCGGGCUGCUUUUUGCCCAAUUGCGAACAAAGAUGCAGAUCGCCGAAUCAUCCCUCGCGGCCGUGAAGUCUGGCACGGAAUUCACCAGAGUGCCAAGAUCUCCAACUGGAAAGGCAUCGGCACGAAAGUCACCCUCAGUGUUGAUUUGGCCUAUGGCAUGUUCAUGGAGCACAAGUGUAUUGCUGACAUCCUUCGGGAUUCGUACGAUCCGGACAAUCUCCAUGAACUCGCGGACAGCAUUAAGCACCUCAACAUGGAGGUGAGAGGAGAAGACGGGAGGUAUUACAAGUUCGAGAAAUUCGGCCCAAUUUGCCGAGAAACCCGCCUUGGAGACGAGUACCACGACUACAGUCCAAAUGGCAACUUCCCAGUUGUCGUUACAACUGCGAAAGCCGGUGGUGGUGGACGUGGUCGUGGCGGUGGACGAGGCCGUGGUCGAGGCGCCGGAAAUAAGAUGUUUCCUGCUGACAUGUGCCGCCUCCUCGCGGGGCAAAGACCAAAAGUUAUCUCUGCAGAUGACAAGGCCCACCUCAUCCGAGCUUCGGCAGAGGCUGCGCCGAUCCGACAGGCAAGGAUUCAAGAGAUCGUCGAGACGAAAGAACUCUUCGAUGAUCAAAUGCUUGAAGGCUUCGGUAUGCGAAUCAACAAAGAAGCGAUGAGCGCUGAAGGUCGAGUCCUCGACAUGCCAGCAAUCACUGCUAACGCGGGCCAUCAAGUUGACGUUGAAAAGUCAAAAGGCGAAGGAAACGGAACUUGGAAUAUCAACGCCUUCAACAAGGCCGCCGAGGUGCCGAUGUGGGGACGAAUCUGUAUCGGCAGCCAAAUUCGAGAUCGACAGACCUGGGAUACCUUCGGCAAAAUGUUUGUCAAUGUUGGCAGAAAACUCGGCGUUGAAAUCAAGUCCGAGCCGAUGCUAGACGAAAAAAUUGACUCGGGCUUCGAAUUCGAUCGAAUCAUUACGGAUCACGCUAAGGAAGGAAAAUAUCUAGACAAACUUGCAUUUGUGCUUGUCUGCGUCCCUGACUCUGGCCCCGACUACGAAGUGGUCAAGUCCAUCGCCGAACUCAACAAUGGCAUCCUCACCCAGAUGGUCAGAUCCAAAAAUGUCAUUCGGCCAGAGGAAGCGAUGCUCAAAAAUCUUUGGUACAAGCUCAACGCCAAACUCGGCGGCGAAAACUGGCGAAUCGACGUUCCUCUACCACCCUCGCCAACUCCUCUUAUGAUCAUGGGAAUGAGCAUCUCGCAUGCGGAGCCAGAGUCGACUGACCCAUCUCUCGUGGGUUUUGUUGCAUCCACGGCUCAAGGUGGAACUGGCUUUGUCAACUUUGUUUACCAUCAAGACCCCCGCCUCUGCAUCAUCCACAAAGACACCCUCAAGGCCGCUCUCAGGCACCUCAUCGGCCAGUUCAUCACAAAGAACAACGGUGCCAAGCCAGAGCGGAUCAUAAUCUACCGAGGAGGCAUCCGAAAGGCCCUCGCAGAGAUCGACGAGUCUUACCAGCCAGGCAUCACCUUCAUCUGCUCCGUCCGAGGCUCCAAGCAGAAAUUUUUCUGCGUUAAUGACGAGGACAAGGACGGAAUGGGUGAGAACAUCCCCGCUGGAACCGUCGUCGCCGGCUACGGAAACGGCCUUCCAGACACCUACUCCUUCCACCUUGCGUCACAGGCGGCUUGCGGAACAGUGAAUCCGACUUUCUAUCAGGUCCUCCAUGACGACAACAACAUCGAGCUCCAAAAUAUGUCAGAAAUGACAUACGCGCUGUCUCUAGCAACCAUGCGCGCCAACCGAGCAACUUCGGAAUGCGCCCCAGUCAGACUCGCUUCCAUCGUAGCUGAACGAGCUCGUGUACACUGGAAGGGCUCCAAGAAUCUCGAAAAGGAGCUCCCAAAAGUCCGACAAUACUUCGACUCCCACGACAAGCGAACUACCGUCAAGCAGGUGUUCCAAGACUCGCUUUUCUUCAUCUAA